CUCGAGUCGAGCUGGGUACGGCCGCGCGAGAAACUGGAAACGACAUUUCCGCGACGCUAAUCUGCUCGUUCUCGCGAACACUGACGAAGAAAACACUGGACCACGGCCCCCGAUCAUCGAAAUAAGAAUUGCAACCUCGUCCCAUGAACGACGACGAUUAAAUCGAGAUUUAACGUGGUUUCAUGCUGAAUAGAAAAGGAUCUCGGGCCAAGGCAUCUUCAGGGAAGAAUUUCGAGCUUUCGAACUAGAUGAAAGUUGGUAUCGUUUCUCAGUCGUUCGAAUCGAGAGGCACGAAAUCGAGAUAAUUUUUGAAGAAUAACCAUGAAGGUGACAGGGGAGAAGGAACUGAAGGACGUGGUAUGUACGAAGUAUUCCUUGAAAAACAACGAGAAGGACAAUGAUAAUAAAUUAUUGGAAACAAAAGUGUACAAGAAGAGAUGGGUGAUACUCGGCUUGUUCACUUUGUACACGGGAAUGAGCACCUUCCAGUGGAUCCAAUACUCCGUGAUCACGAACAUAAUAACGAGGUAUUACGGAGUAUCUUCAUUAACCGUCGACUGGACGUCGAUGGCGUUCAUGGGAUACUACGUAAUGUUCUUCCUGCCUGUAACCUAUAUCAUGGAUCGCUGGGGACUCAGGUGGACUAAUAUUUUAGGAAGCGGAAUCUGUUGUCUCGGUUCCUGGAUAAAAGUUCUGUCUGUCAGUCCUGACAGGUUUUACGUUACCUUCAUUGGACAUUCCCUCGUCGCUACAACUCAGACUGUAGUUCAAGUUUUACCCGGACGUAUAGCGGCACAAUGGUUCGAUGCCAAUGAAGUAUCCACUGCCACAUCUUUAAUCAUUUUCGGCAAUCAGAUGGGAAUUGCCUUGAGUUUCCUUCUGACUCCAAUUAUCGUCAAAAAUCGUGAAAGUCUGGACGAUAUUGGCAGGGAUUUGUCAUUCCUUUUCUGGAUUGUCGCUAUUAUCCUCUCGAUUGCGUUUAUACUAGUCGUAAUACUGUUCGAAGAUGAUCCAAAGUUGCCACCAACUAAAACACGAGCACUACAGAAAAUUAGUCAAAUGUCGGACGAUGAAGGUUUCAAGGGUCCGUUCAAAAGGCUUGUGAAAAAUAAAUAUUUCGUGUUACUUUGCAACACAUACGGUUUAAACGUUGGUGUGCUAAACGCCGUAGCGACAUUAGUCAGUCAAAUAUACAUCGCACAUUUCCAGAAUGGUGAGGAAGACGCCGGUAGAAUCGGUUUAAUCAUGAUUAUUUCUGGUAUGAUAGGUUCUGUCUGCUUUGGAGUUAUUAUCGAUAGAACUCAUAAAUUCAAGGAAACGACAGUUACCGUAUAUUUCCUUACUCUAUGCGGCCAAAUUGUCUUUGCUGUGAGCAUGUACCUCGAGAACAAGUGGAUGGUGCACCUCUCGGCAGUUUUCUUAGGGUUCUUCAUGUUGGGUUACGUAGCUUUGGGAUACGAGAUAUGCGCGGAGUACACGUACCCCGAAUCGGAAAGCAUAACCGCAGGGAUUCUAAAUGUGGCCAAUAACAUUUACGGCAUUAUCCUCGUUCUAAUAAUGGGUGAAUUGUUGGAACUUUAUGGAGACAUUCCGGUGCAUGUGGGGCUCUGCGUCGCGCUUUUGAUUGGUUUUAUCAUGACCGUGUUAACGAAGGACGUGCAAAGGCGUCAAGAUGCCAAGAAAGGGGUCCAUUAUGAGGGGAUCAGUCAAGUGGAUACGAACAUUAACCAUAACGGUCGUGAAACUAAUUAAAACGCGUUCAUAUGCAAUGCAGCAUCCGUCGUUCGUCAAAUAGACAUUUAAUUGUCACGGUUCUUUGAAACGUGCGCAUUUUUAUAUAUUUUUAUAUAGAACAUUACAAUCAACAGCAAUAGUAGCAUCAAUAAUUUAACAUGUGACUUUCAACGAAUUUAAGUGCAAUUAGGAUUUCUUACUUCAGAUUCUCGUGCCAUUCGAAGUUCAUUGUAAUUGCAUAAUUCAUUGAAUGAAUUGCAAGUUAGUUUCUCUGGUUCUUGUUGUUUCGUAACUGUGCUCCCUCAUCUACUUUAUUCUUCUGUUAAUUAUGUUAAUAAUUCGCCAGGAGGUGAGAGAACCGCAAAGCUGAAAUACUGUUUACGGGGAGAUAGCAUUUCCGUUGGAUUUAAGCGAAACAAAUAAUAUCGUCGGUUCGAAAUCAUCACAAGUCUGACUAGUUAUUAUAAGGCAAUGGGUUAAUCUUGUUUCUUCUUUCGAAUGUUACAUAGAGUAUUUUAAACGUAUCGUUGUCAGAAUAUGAAUAAAAGCAGCAAAUUUUUAUAAGACACCGUUGUAUUUUAUUAAGAAUCUUUAAUCACGCUAAAAGUGAUCAGUAUCUAACGAGAAACCUGUUUUAUUUGAAAGUUUAUUCAUCGUUCCGUUACAAAAAUAUCGGUACCUAUAAAAUCACAAGAAAUGAUAUUUCAGAAAAUAGUCGCCUGCCAUCGUGUUUUCUUAUUAACUCGUAAUAGUCGAAGGGCGAAAAUUUAAAACAUUUUGCUUUCAUUCUUAUGUACUAUAUUUAUUACAAUUUGAAAUAUAUUUUCUAUUAUAUCUUCCAUUCUAUUAUAUUAAAAAUUUCAUCAAUAUUUUCUCUACAUUUAUUCACUAUUCUCUUGGUUCAUAGGUCUCAUAGGUGAGUAUCACUAAAAACUUAUCAAUCGUUAAGGGUUAAUUAUCAACUAGUCUCCUAAGAAGCAUACAGAUGAUAAAAGAACAAUAUCAAAUAUACAUCUCUCGACGAUGUGUCCACUGUAAACAACUUCUCCUAACCUUUAAAUACGGAUGUGCGGUCUCACAAUCCUCUGUAAAAUAUCGUAAAUUUUGCAACCUUUCAAAUUUUCAUUAUAUAGUUGAUACUAUUGCUAUGUAGAGAUAUUUAAGUAAGUCAAAAUAAAAAUAGAAUACAUUUUUUUAUUAAUGGCUACGAACGAGAAUAUUUAACAUUAAUCGGUAAUUUUCAGACUUCUAUACUUCUAUACUAAAGAUUAAAUUCACGUCUAUACUUAAAGGUUAUCCCUUUGCGCUAGAGAGGUGACUCCCAGCCAUCACUAGACUUGAUAUAACAAAAUUAUAGUCUUAUAUAUAAUAUUGUACUUUGUCUAAUUCAUCGAUGUGUGAAAUAUUGAAGUAAAAUAGCUUUGUUUCUUAAUUUAAGUGUGUUUUCUCAUUGGUUAGUUUCAAAGAAUAUCGUUUAUAUCUCAUCAAAAAAUGUUGAAUAUUUCUAGUGAAAAACUUUCACCUGCAAAGGGUUAAAAGCUACACCCCAUGUGACCAUAAUGCGUUAACAAAGUUUAUUUAUAACUUUCUGCGAAAAUAAAUUGUACCUAAACAGUUGAAUAAAUUAGGAAAAGAGU